AUGCCCGCCCCGGGCGACCAACACAGCAACUGGGAGAAUCCCUUCGAGGAGCCCCAAAAGCGUAUGAGCGAAUACACGGCCCAGGAAAUUGCGACGCUUCAGAGCCGCCUCGAGAAGCAGCUAGGCCCCGAAUACAUCUCCGCGCGCGCCGGACCCUCGGGCCAGAAGGUGCACUACAUUGCUGCCGAGAAAUGCAUCGCCCUCGCGAACGAGGUGUUUGGCUUCAAUGGCUGGUCCUCGUCUAUCCAGAACAUCCAGGUCGAUUUUGUUGAUGAGCACCCGCAGACCAUGAAGAUCAGCUUGGGUCUGUCUGUCAUUGUCAGAGUCACGCUCCGCGACGGUACCUUCCACGAGGACAUUGGCUACGGACAUAUUGAGAAUUGCAAGGGCAAGGCUGCUGCCUUUGAAAAGGCCAAGAAAGAAGGUACCACGGACGCGUUGAAGAGAGCACUCAGGAAUUUUGGCAACGUGUUGGGCAACUGCAUUUACGAUAAAGAUUACCUUUCCAAGGUGACCAAGUUGAAGGUCGGCCCAACAAAGUUCAACGAGGGCGAGCUACACAGGCACUCUGAUUUUGCCGCUAAGAAAGACGAAGGCAAAGCCCCGGCGCUACCGCCGGCGGCCAUCAAACAGGAGACUACGGCGGAUUCCCUUGAGGACCUAUUGGGGGACUUUGACGAGGCAGACUUCGCUGUCGUGGAGAGUGAUCAUCCAGAUGAGGUGGUUCUUCCUUCAGCACCCACCGGCCCAAACGAUAGGGCCGGCAGCGUUGCCCAGGCACCUGUUCCUCAGCACAUGCAAAACUCCAACCGGCCCCUGGGUAGAAGCACAUCAGCAGGAAACCUAGGACGACCCCCUCAGACACCGAACCAAGCACAUUCGCGCCCUCAACCCCCAGCAGCCUACGGCAACAGGCCUCAAGCCCCGAACCAUCCGCGUGCACCUGCAAACCCUACAGCUCCUUCAGCACCCUCAGCCCCGCCAAAUAACGGCAAUAUGGUGACACCGGGUGGCGGCAACCCCGCCGAGCCCAUUGCCUUCUUCUCUGCACGUGCUGUACAGCAAAUCCCUGACUCUGCUCUGCAGGGGACCAACGCUGACACUCCUCUGAUGAUGCCAGCCGGGCAGCAAGCCUUCAAUCCCAAGGCAGAGAGCCCAUCCAUACGAAAGACCCCCGGCAUAGAUCACUCCUCUUCAAAGCCUCUUUCGAGGACCGGUCAACACGUUCCACCUUCGACACAGCAACAGACCGAGACAUCCAAAGGUUCGGGGUUUACACCUGUUAGGCCGGCAAACGCUGGUCCCGCAGGCGCCAGCAUGGCAAAUCCGCAAUUCAGCCAGGCACGCCGUAUUGGUGCCCCGGGUGGUCCCGGUAGUCCCCUAGCUAACCGUGGUUCGUACCGUCCGCCAACCAUGAAGCGACCACUUCAGCAGGACAGCGGUGCAGGAAGGCCCGCCCUAGCGGACGUGUCGAAUAAUGGCACUACGACUACUCCUGCUGGCGGAGUUGCACUUGACCCCAAACGGCAGAAGAUGGCAUAA